CGUGGUGUGCGAAACAGUAGCAUGGACUCGUCAGUUCUGGGUACUCCCAUCUCUCCAAACGAAUCGAGCACUGAAAAGGACGAACCACCGGUUGAUUCCCGCUCCCAAUCGAUUGCAGCACCGGAAUCGAUGGAUCCGGAUGCCCAGGACGACCUGCUGCACAUGACCGAGGGAAUCAACGCCCUGGCGGCCAGUUUGGCCAUCUCGGCACAGAUUGAUCGCGGAACAGAGUAUCGCAAACCGCCUUAUUCAUAUGCUCAGCUUAUCAUACAAGCAAUUGCCUCAGCUCCGGAGCAACGGUUAACAUUAGCCGAUAUCUACGCGCAUAUAUCAAGCAAUUUCCCCUAUUACAAAUCCUAUGAAAAAGGCUGGCAGAACUCCAUUCGACACAACUUGUCACUGAAUCGCUAUUUCGUCCGCGUACCGCGAAGCAGUGGGGAACCAGGCAAAGGUGCUUUCUGGAAACUCGACUCCACGUGUGAUCCGCGCCUGAUUAGUCAGGCAUUCCGUAAACGUCGUCAGUUCAGUACCGUCGCUGCGCCAAUGUCCGGUCGUGGCCAAGCGUUAAUGGAUCAUGAUGAGAUCCAUUCACAGGAACUGUGUGAUUCCAUGGAUGGAAUACGUCCAUCUGGGCUACCCUUGAGUGAUCAGUCGAAUCCAAGUUCUCCUUCACCGCACCCGUUUAUCGCAUCUCAUCUGCCCAGUCCCGGCAUUCGUCUUCCCACACUGGAUGAAUCAACGGGUCCGGUAACAUCGUUGUCCACUGCGGGAGCCGAUCAGUUUUUAUUCCCCAAUACCGCUACGGCUGUUGAUUUACGGUGCCGUGCACCGUCGUGGAAUGUGUGA